AUGGUUGCCGAAAUGUCCUAUUCCACCGUCUCCAAUGUCAUUGACACUUGGGAACAAGUCAGAAGAAGAGAGAACUACGAACAAGAAGUUGGAACCAAGCUAUUUCAAAAAUUUUUCUCCAUUGAACCAGAAGCCAAGGCAAUUUUUGGAUUCCGCCCCGAUAUGGACCUGAGCUCCGACGAAGUUGUCAAGAACAAGCGAUUCAUCAAGCAUGCCCAAUUCUUUAUUCAAAUGAUUGAUCGUGCCCUUUCCUUGCUAGGCCCCGAAAUCGAAAUGCUGACGGAAAUUAUGCUCGAGCUUGGAGAAAAGCACGUCCGAUAUGGUGUCAAGGCAGAGUACUUCAACUCCAUGGGAACUGCUUUGAUUCAUGCUGUCAAAACAGUACUCGGAGAAUCAGAAUUUACAGAAGAAAUUCGGGCUGACUGGCUUGAAGUCUAUGGUGCUCUAUCAUAUGAUAUGAUUCGAGGACAAAAGAAUGCUCAUUAA